AUGCGCCAGGGCGAGCCGCUGCCGCCAAGCAUGUGGGCUAUGGUAUAUCUUACCUGCGCGCAGGGUCAGCUUAUAGCUGGCUCGUUUGAGAUCCCAGCCGCGGAUCUGUCACGGCAGCCGCACAAGCGCAAGCGGGUGCGCAAGGCCACGUCGAAGGCGGCGCGCAAAACAAACAUACAGGCCCAUAGCACGCAGUCCCAGCGCGGGAACGCUGAAGAGACUACUGGCGCGUCCACCGACACCGGUCCAGAGCGUCUCACAGCGCCGCAGCCGAAGCGGAAGAAGGGUGCCGCUGGGACGCGCUAA